AUGACUUCCAAAUACCUAUCUCCCGCCGACCUCGCCACCAACCGCCUCGCCGUCCUCUUAACCUAUCGCCACCUCCUCCGCGCAACCCGGCUAGCCUUCGGAGACGACACACCCACCCUCCUUGCCUCCCGCGCCCAAGCCCGCGCCUCCUUCCUCUCUAACGCCGCACUCGAGCCCGGCGACACCGAAGCCACGACCGCCAUCGAGCACGCGCAAGGCGUGACGAAGAUUCUGCGGGAGCAUGUGGUGCAAGGGCGGAAUGUGGGCGGGGAGCAGUAUCGGUUGAGGAUCCACGAGCAUACGCAGAAGUUGAAUAAUGAGCAGGCGAAGUUGGGGAAGGGGACGACGAAGGGUUUUAAGGAGAUUAAGAAUUCGCAGUUUUGA